AUGGACAUGACUCUAUUGACCCAAACCAACCACCUGAAGAGCCUCAUCUCUUCUAAAAUUCAGCCAAGAUAUUUCUCUACGUCACUCUCAAGGUGGCAGAGCGAGACAUUGGACCGAACACGCAACAUCGGGAUCAUCGCCCACAUCGAUGCCGGCAAGACAACGACCACCGAGCGCAUGCUGUUCUACAGCGGCUUCACUCGGCGAAUUGGUGAUGUGGAUGAAGGCUCGACGGUAACUGAUUUCCUGCCUGCGGAACGUGCACGUGGUAUCACUAUUCAGUCGGCUGCCAUCACAUUCCAUUGGCCUCCUGGAGAUGGAAAUGGGGCAUCAUCAAGCCCGCAAGAUCAGUCUCUGCCACGCUCAGCCCACUCACAUACGAUCAAUCUCAUUGACACGCCUGGACAUGCCGAUUUUACAUUCGAGGUCAUGCGGUCCCUGCGUAUCCUGGACGGUGCGGUCUGCAUCUUGGAUGGUGUAGCUGGUGUUGAGGCCCAGACGGAGCAAGUGUGGCAUCAAGCAAGUACGUAUAAGAUUCCACGAGUUAUCUAUGUGAACAAGCUUGACCGCGACGGUGCUGCCUUUGGCCGUACGGUGCGCGAGGUCAGCUCCCGCUUGUCUGUAUACCCAGCGGUAUGCCAUAUUCCCUGGUUCGAAGGCGGCAAUGGGGCUUUUGUUGGCAUUGCAGACGCAGUCAAUCUUCAGGGACUGCGGUGGAAGGAAGGGGAGGAUGGCCGGGCCGUUAAAAUGAUGAAUCUCCAGCAAUUGGAUGCUGAGGAGCCGGCUCUGGCAGAGGAGCUUCGUCGGGCGCGGGUUGCAUUGGUCGAACUGCUGAGUGAGCAGGAUGAGACUAUUGUGGAAAAAUUCUUUGAAUGUGAUGAAGACCACAUGGCGAUCGAGCCGAUGCACCUCGUCGACAGUCUCCGGCGGUGCGUACUUGACCAGACGAGUCGAAUCGUGCCUCUCUUCGCUGGUGCCAGUUUUCGCAACAUGGGUGUCCAGCCUUUGCUAGACGCCGUGGUGAAUCUUCUCCCCAGUCCACCCGAGGCACCCGAUCCCGAGGUCAGCAUCGGCGGUGUUAAAGGAGGACUACGCCGGUUGCUCUCCGGAGACUUGAUCGUGGAACAGGACGAACAAGCAUCUGCUCCAUCAAAGGGCAAGAAAAAGAAGAAGGCAGUGACACACGCUGAUCCAAAAGAUGCCAUCGGCAAGUUGCAAAGCUGUGCACUGGCAUUCAAGGUGGUCAAUGACCCCAAGCGCGGCGUGUUGGUCUAUGUACGAGUGUACUCUGGCUCGCUGGAUCGCAACAGCCUGCUUUUCAACACAAAUCUACAUCUCUCUGAGCGCGCACCUCGACUACUGAAGAUGUAUGCUAAUGACGCAGUUGAAGUGGACUCAAUUUCUGCGGGUCACAUCGGCGUGGUGGUUGGACUCAAGCACGCUCGAACUGGCGAUACCCUUGUAUCCUAUGCAGGCAACAAAGCCACGCCCCCAGAGCCACUCACCAGCCUUCAGCUACGUCCAAUCGAUGUUCCCCCUCCGGUCUUCUUUACUAGUGUUGAGCCGCACAGCCUGGGCGAGGAAAAACGCAUGCAGGAAUCCCUAGCUCUGCUUCUCCGUGAGGACCCCAGUCUGCACGUCAGCGUGGAUGAAGAGUCAGGCCAGACUCUUUUGAGUGGAAUGGGCGAGCUUCAUCUUGAGAUCGCACGGGAUCGUUUGAUCAAUGAUAUGAAGGCGAAGGCCUCUAUGGGACGGAUUGAAAUUGGAUACCGAGAGUCUGGACUCGGCGCAUCUGCCAUCAUCACGAAGAUCUUUGACAAGGAAGUGGCGGGUCGCCGUGGCAAGGCAGGAUGCACUGCUAUCGUUGAACCUUUCAACAGAGAGGAUGCCUCUGAAGUUGCGGACGAAGACACUCUUCUGGCCGAGACGCUCGAAGGUAAUCAGAUUGUAAUCCGUGCUCCAGGUCUGCAGACAAUGGACGAGGAGACCAGCCCGCUUCUCCCACCAGGUAUGGACACCGCUGCUCUUCGCACAGCCCUACAGAAUGGGGCGUUGGCAGCCCUUGCUCGCGGACCCCAGUUUACCUUUCCAAUGCACAACACCCGAGUUACUCUCACUGUCAACGCGACGGAGCACCUCUUUGGCAGUGACUCUACCACAUCUGCACUUUCUGCUGCUGCCCGUCAAGCAACAUCUGCCGCUCUUCGGGAUCUCCUCGUCGGGCCGGGGACAGUGGUGAUGGAACCAGUCAUGAACGUCAUCAUCAGCGUCGACGAGGCUAGUCUUGGCUCGGUCGUUCAUGAUAUUUCAUCUUCCAGAGGUGGACACAUUCUCUCACUGGAUGAGGAAAUUCCAGUCUCCGCGACUGACGCCUCUGAAUCUCCAGAAGACGCCUUCCCUCCUAUUGAUCCUAAGCGGGUGUAUGCCCCCACUGACCCCUUUGCCAGUGCGUCUGUUGGUACAGAGCUAUCUGCUUCUGCUUCUCGUCAGCGCACAAUUACUGCCAAGGUGCCUCUCAAGGAGAUGGUAGGCUACCUCAAGCACCUGCGCAGUCUGACUGCUGGCCGCGGCACAUUCGUGAUGAGCGUCGACCGCUUUGAGAACAUGUCUGCUCCGAGACAAAAGGCUGUUCUUGCCGAGCUAAGAGGGGGCUUCUAA